AUGGAACAAUCUCAUUUUAUACUGCCACAGCUCGAUCUCAAGCUUAUCACCGCCAUUCUUGCCGCGUCCCUGCUUGCAGCAUGGAUUAUUCCUUUCCUCGUCGACAAAUACCGCUUGAGAGGAUAUCCCGGGCCUCUGUUAGCCAAAUUCUCCGGCUUCUGGCUAGCUUCCAAGGCAUACAAGGGCACGACGACGUCUGCGGUCUAUGCAUUGCACCAGAAAUAUGAAGGACCCUUCGUUCGCAUCUCGCCGAAAUAUGUGUCGAUUGCCGAUCCUGAGGCACUCCAAGCGAUCUAUGGACAUACUUCCGGUACACUCAAGACCGACUUCUACGACGCAUUCGUCACUUUUCGUCGUAACAUAUUCACCUCCCGUUCUCGGCUGGAACACAGUCGAAAGCGGAAGUAUACAUCUCAUGCCAUGUCAAUGAAGGGCAUAACGGAGUUCGAGCCGAACGUACGUGAGUAUCAGCAUAUGCUCUUGAAGCAGUUGGACACUUUGUGUGCUGUCGGAGCCCAAGGUAUCGACGGCGUCCUCGGGUCAUGCCCUUGGACAACCAGAGAUGGCUGGGUGUUGUUCGAUUGCAUGCCAUGGCUGAACUUUGAUACUUUCGAUGUUAUUGGCGAUUUGGCUUUCGGCAAGCCUUUCGGCAUGCUAGAAGCAGGGAAGGAUGCCGCGCUCGUACCAGUGUCUGAGGAGCAGGCCAUGAAGUCUUUCGGUCGACAAGACACAGAUCUCAAGUGGGCGACAAUUCCAGCGAUCAAGCUUCUCAACGAGACCGUACCCUGGACCUUCUUCCUCGGCUGUCUUCCUCCUCAAGCUCGUUUUCUAAUGUCCAAGCUCCCGUCGUUCAAUGCAGGAACAUCCCGCAAGCUCUUUGUAAAGCUCGCGGUCGCAACCGUGUCCAAACGCCUGGCCUCUGAAGCUACACGAAGGGAUUUCCUUUCCCACCUUGUCGCGGCUCGCAACGAUGAGGGCAAACCUCUGAGCGCACAAGAACUGACAGCUGAGGCCCUCAAUCUCAUCGUCGGAGGCUCCGAUACUACUUCUAGUUCUAUUGGUGUUGUCAUCUACCAUGUUGCACGGAACCGGGAUGUCCAAGAAAGACUUCAAAAGGAACUGGACGACGUUCUCGGGGUCCCAAACUCUACCUUCAGUACCGAUGAGGUUGUAGCGCCCUUUGAGCUCGUCAAGAACCUGACAUAUCUCCAGGAUGUCAUCAAUGAAGGCCUUCGCCUGCAUUCCACAGUUGGUGUCGGCUUGCCACGCGAGGUCCCAGAGGGCGGAAUGACGGUUGCAGGGAAGGCUCUGUUGCCCGGCACGCAUGUCAGCUGUCCCACGUACACGUUGCAUAGGCUGAAAUCGAUCUGGGGCGACGACGCGGACGAGUUCAAUCCUGAUCGGUGGACUCGAGGCGACAGGAAUAUGAUGCUCAAAUACUUUGCACCGUUCUCGAUAGGCCCGAGGGCUUGCAUCGGCCGAAACCUAGCAAUGAUGGAGAUGACGAUAUGCAUCGCAACGAUAGUCCACCGCUACCGCCUUGUCCUCGCUAAUCCCGAUCAGCAGCUCGAGUGCAGUGAAGGAUUCGUACGUAAGCCGAAGAAUGUCCAUGUCGGUAUGCAGCGACGACUUUGA